GCCGCAUGACCGUGCGGCAUGAUUGAACCGCGAUCGUACGCGAUCCCUUCAGUCCCUCGCGACGAGGCGAUGCGAAGACAAACAGUGAAUAGUAAAACGGGGAACGCGGCACACUCGAUCGCGCGUGCACUCGUCGUUUCGGACGAAGUCGAGGUGAAUUCACGCCGACGCUCCAACUUGGACAAUUAGGAGCAGAACGCGCCGGGAGUAUAAAUAGCGAGUGCCCGACGAACCAGGGGAUGCAUCUUGCGAGGGAAAGAGGGAGAUAAACGAAGAACGGAUCUCUAUCUUAUUGUUAGAGUGCGUGCAAGUCGACGCGCUCGAUUACAAUCGUGGAAUAACACCGAAGAUAAACUCCCGAGUAGCCGAAUUGAUUAUUAGGCGCGAGAUAAAGAAACUUGGGUUCGUUAAACCCGUUCGAGAAAUUUCUGCUCGAGUAUCUAUUCGAUAAAUUGUUACUAGUUCCAUGUGAGACGUGAUUCGUGUAGAAGGUUGAAUAGUUGGACCACUCGAGAACAGUUUCUUGAAUCGUAACUUUUCAAACUGGGGAAGCAAUUAAACGAUUAAGCGUCGAAGACGGUGGCGUACCGAUUUGAAUUUCCCGCCGGGCGAAGCGCCAAUCGACGAGCACCGUGUUCUUGGGUGCGUAACCCGCCAAUCGUCCGUGAUGCUGCACACGAGGACCCUCGCUGUCGCUGCAGCAUCGCCGCUAAUCGUCGAAAAUGUAUUGCCGUCGUUGCUGUUCCGUGUUUCGGGAAAACGUUCAUCGCGUUUCGCGAGUGAACGUUCCCUCCAUCAUAUCAAGAUAUCACGGGAGGUCAUGCUCGAGAAUUACAAGAAGGUCCUCGAGAAGUACAAGUCUAAGAAGCUCCCUCAAGACGUGAAUGCGAAAGGAGUUUUCGCCUGCAACGAACUCGACUUGAAGGAAGUCCAAGUCUAUGGAUUCGACUACGAUUACACUUUGGCCUGUUACAAGCAGUCCAUGGACCACUUGCUCUACAAUCUUGGCCGAGACAUGCUCAUCCAAAAGUACAAGUACCCCGAGGGAAUCGCCAGCCUCAAGUACAAGGAGGAUUUCGCCGUUCGUGGCCUCCAUUACGACAUCGAAAAGGGUCUGCUCCUGAAACUCGACAGCUUCUUGCAAAUUCAAUUUGGCGCCGUUUACCGCGGUUUGCAUCCGUUACCCGACGACGAGGUCCUCAGGCUCUAUAAAAACAGGAUAAUACCGAUCGCCUACGUGGAGGCGCCUCAUAAACACUCUCACGAGGCGCUCCAUCGAACGAAAAUGGUUCAACUGGCCGAUUUAUUCUCGGUACCGGAAAUGAGCCUACUAUGCAACGUCACCGAAUACUUUCUUCGAAAUCACAUCGACUAUCACCCCGAAAUACUCUUCAGGGACGUUAAGAACUCGGUGCAAAGUUGUCAUCCCAUUAUGCAUGGAAUGGUAGUGCAGAACGUGUCGGACUAUUUGGAGCAAAACAAAGAUUUAAAAAAAUUCUUUGAUCGGCUUAAGAAUGCGAACAAAAAAAUGUUUCUGGUAACCAACAGUCCUUUCCACUUUGUCGACACCGGAAUGAAAUUUUUAGUUGGCGAUAAUUGGAAAGAUUACUUCGACGUAGUGAUAGUCCAAGCGAGGAAACCGAAGUUCUUUACCGAAGAGUCGCGUCCAUUGCGAAUUUAUGACGAAGUAAAUAGAACCCAGUUGUGGGAUCGUGUGACCAAGCUUGAAAAGGGCGUUAUAUAUCUCGAAGGCACGGUGAAACAGUUGCAAGAUAUGACCGGUUGGCAAGGUCAUCAAGUAUUAUAUUUCGGCGAUCAUCCCUACAGCGAUUUGGCUGACGUGACAUUGGAACAUGGUUGGCGAACUGGGGCCAUAAUUAAAGAAUUGACGCACGAAAUAAACACACUGAACGAUCCGAAGUUCAAGGAAAACGCGAACUGGUUGCAAAUGUUGACUGGACUGAUCGAGGAGCACCAAGACUUCGAAGGGCCGGACGUACAAGAGGUACUCGACGAAUGGAUCAGCGAAAGAGACCAAUUACGUAACGAGAUAAAACGUGUAUUCAAUAAACAAUUCGGCUCCGUGUUUCGAACGUAUCAUAAUCCCACGUACUUUUCGAGGAGACUGUUUAGGUUCGCCGAUAUUUACAUGAGCUCGAUCACAAACCUGUUGGAAUACUCGACGACUCACACGUUCUAUCCGCGAAGAGGCGUCAUGCCGCACGAGUACACAAGUUAUUUCGUCUAAUGUACAGAAUCUAUUCUUAGACUCGCGACUAGAUGUAUUUGCCAUGUUUUUUUUUUUUCCAAACUUGCCAAGAAGCUUAUAGAGCAACGAAUCAAAAAAUAUGCCGCAAUCGAAUAACCCGUAGAAAUAUGUUAAACAGUUUACGAAUUUAGAAUAUUUAAAACGCAUUUUCGUUCGAUGUAAAUAAAAGAGAAUGUCAGACUGCUUAAAUCGAUGACGAAAGAUGGAGAGCAAGUGACCAUAAAUUUGUUAGAUCGUUGAAAUGUAUUUUACGCAACGCAUAAUCAUUUAGCGAAAUCAAUAUACUCAGAAGUACCGCUGCGCGUAUCUUGUCGAUGGAAUUUCAUUUGUUACAUUGUAUUGUAUAUACAAACGUUCCGGAGAAUACGAAAAAAAAGUUCUAACGCGAAGGUCUCGAUAGUACAAAAAUGUAUGCAAGUUUCACGAGACAAUAAAAAGGUAAAAUAACGAAACGAGACAAUUAACCUUUUGGCUGCUGCAUGUUAUUUGGCAAUUUUAGGUGAUUCGAUGCAAUCGUUAUUUGUUCCAAAGAAAAACAUUUACUUUAAACGUUUAUGAACGUUGAUUUAUGAACGUAGAGUUAUGCUAUCAACACAAAGGUGACCAAAGGUAUCGGAUCCAAGUGGUCAACACAUAAUUCAAUAAAAUAUUUAUGUAUCAGAAAAAAAGAUAGUUUUUGUGCGAACAAAGAAAGAAAAUUAUUUUCCGAACAAUAUUUCCCGCGGCAGUCAAAGUAUUAAUAGAACGACAAAGGAAGUUCGGCACUCGUUGAACGCUUAAUAUGGUUGUAUUUUGUAUAUUUUAUUCCUCGUGGCAAUGAGAUAUACGUAUAGUUUAUUCAGGUACAAAAAUUAUCGUGUAAGUGUUAAAACUGAAAACCUAUUAUCAAAGCGUAUAUGUGUAUAUCAUAGAUAAGAUAUCGCAAAGUGGACGUAUAAAACUUAUUCUAUGAUAUCCUUACGAUAAAGUACAAUUUAGACUAAAUAGGAUACAGAAGUUUAAGUUAGUAGGGGUUGUUCCUAAUAACUGUGAUUAUAUUUCUAUCGAGCAUAUUUUCUUUCCUAAUAGAACGUCGUGUUACCGCACAGUUAAAAAGCAUGUAUGUACGUUGAAUGCAAUUAUAACGAACUUACUUGCACGGAAACAAUUGUAUGUAAUUUUUCUUUUUUUUUUUCUAAUCGCAAUAGCGCAAUUUACAUUCUUUUGCCGUCUUUCGUGAAUACAAUGCUUACAUAAAUGUGUUCAAAAUGUACAUAAAUAUAAUCGUAAUAGCAAGUAAGAUCAAUAAAUCUAUACAAAACUA